AGCCCCUUGAUUCGUGGGACAGGAGAGACGUCCCUCUUUCAGUCCAGAAGGGGCAAAUUCUUUGAACGUUUUUGCUUCAGUCGUCUCUUAAAGUAUCAUCUUUACCUGAACCACAGGGGCACGUGCCUGAGCCAGUUUGCCCACUGUGGGGAAAGGAAGUCUCGGGAGGCAUUCCGCACGCCAUGGAGAAACCGUGGAAGUGUGGGGAUUGCGGGAAAGGAUUCCGCUCCCCCUCCGUGCUGGAGAUCCACCGCCGUGUCCACACCGGGGAGAGGCCGUUCAGCUGCUCGGUGUGUGGGAAGGGCUUCACCCGGCUGUCCAUCCUGCUGACCCACCAGCGUUUCCACACCGGGGAGAGGCCGUUCGCCUGCUCCGAGUGCGGGAAGGAGUUCGCUCAGUCGUCCCACCUGCUGUCCCACCAGCGGCUCCACAACGGCGAGAGGCCGUUCGCCUGCUCCGAGUGCGGGAAGGACUUCAGCGACUCGUCCAGCCUGCUCAAGCACCGGCGGGUCCACACCGGGGAGCGGCCCUUCACCUGCUCCGUCUGCGGCAAGGGCUUCACCCAGUCGUCCAACCUGUUCUCGCACCAGCGGGUCCACACCGGGGAGAGGCCGUUCAGCUGCUCCGUCUGCGGCAAGAGCUUCACCCAGUCGUCCAACCUGCUGACCCACCAGCGGGUCCACACCGGGGAGCGGCCCUUCACUUGCUCUGUCUGUGGCAAGGGCUUCCCUCACUCGUCCACCCUGCUGCGGCACCAGCAGGUCCACACCGGGGAGGGGGCCUUCACCUGCCUGGUCUGCGGCAAGGGCUUCCCCCACUCGUCCGGCCUCCAGAUCCACCAGCGGGUCCACACCGGGGAGAGGCCGUUCACCUGCCCCGAGUGCGGCAAGGGCUUCAGCGACUCCUCCAACCUGCUGUCGCACCGGCGGCUCCACAGCGGCGAGCGCUCGUUCAUCUGCUCUGUCUGCGGCAAGGGCUUCACCCGGCUGACCAACCUGCGGACGCACCACCGGGUCCACACCGGGGAGCGGCCGUUCACCUGCCCCGUCUGCGGGAGGGGCUUUGCUCAGUCCCAGCACCUGCUGCGGCACCAGCGGGGGCACAAGUGACGGGGCCAGCCGCUGUGGAUCCAAGAUUUCACUCUCUGUCCCAUUGAGUCUCCAGUCAGGUCCUUCAGCUCAACUGGUCUCUCUCAGUAUUUCUGACCCAUGUGAGCCUCUACGCACCUCCCCUUCACGUGCUCACACUUGAUUUCCCUUACAGCAGCAUUCCCUUCAGUUCCUUUCUCCCUGACGUCUGUAACCAGCUUCUCCUUAAAUGCCGUCCACCUCGACCUGCUACUGUGGGGGUCAUUCCCGCUGCAGACAGAGGUCUCUCCUUUGUAACCUCUUCAAAAGAUUUACCGCUGACUUCCCACUUCAGUCUUUUCCAUUUCUGGGUCUCCCCGCUGUUGUGAAACUUGAAAGGGUUCAGAAAAGAUUGACAAGGAUGUUGCCAGGGUUGGAGGAUCUGAGCUACAGGGAGAGGCUGAACAGGCUGGGGCUGUUUUCCCUGGAGCGUCGGAGGCUGAGGGAUGACCUUAUAGAGGUUUACAAAUUAUGACCGGCAUGGAUAGGGUAAAUAGGCAAAGUCUUUUCCCUGGGGUCGGGGAGUCCAGAACUAGAGGGCAUAGGUUUAGGGUGAGAGGGGAAAGAUAUAAAAGAGACCUCAGGGGCAACGUUUUCACACAGAGGGUGGUACGUGUAUGGAAUGAGCUGCCAGAGGAAGUGGUGGAGGCUGGUACAAUUGCAACAUUUAAGAGGCAUUUGGAUGGGUAUAUGAAUAGGAAGGGUUUGGAGGGAUAUGGGCCGGGUGCUGGCAGGUGGGACUAGUUUGGGUUGGGAUAUUUGGUCGGUAUGGACGGGUUAGACCGAAGGGUCUGUUUCCGUGCUGUACAUCUCUUGACAAAGCCUUGUCUGAGGGUGAAAUGUUGUCAUUCCCGUUGAUGCGGGUGGUCCCCUGUCUGUUGUCCUUUUUGUUUCCUUUCUCGGAAAGGACGUCGCGGACAUGGGCAGCGUUCCCGAGCCCCGCUCCGGAAUGGGCUGUUCCGUCCUCUUCCAGCCCCCGGGAGAAGGGGCAGCUUGAGUGCAUUGGGAGAGUGGGCCGUUCACCGGGAGGGUGCCAACGGGACGGGAGAGCGGUACCGGUAAUGGGGCGAGGGGGAGAUGCCUCAGACCGCCAGAAACACUGGGGCAGCUGCUCACGUGCUCCUUUUGGAUCUCACAGCACAGGGAGGCCAUUCAUCUGAUUACCUCCCCAUCUCUGCCUCUCUGUCUCUGGCUCUCUCUCUGCCCCCCUCUCUCUCUCUCUCUCUCUGCCUCUCUCUCUCUCUCUCUCUCUCUGCGUCUGUCUGUCUCUCUGAGGUGACAGCGGAUUCCAGCAUAUUGCUGCUUGCUGGGUAAACCUGUUUUUCCUCUGUUUUCCCCCUCUCUCUCCUGCUCAAACCCCUGACCUUCAGGCUGCCCCUGACCUUGUCACUAUCAGUGAAUAGGGAACAGCUUUUCUUCCUCCACCUUAUCUGAACCUAUCACAAUCUUCCCCACUUUCACCAGUUGUAUCUGUGUGUGACCCUCUCUUUCUGUGUCUCUUUCUCUCCUAAGCCCCCUCCCUCACCACAUCCCAUUUACCCACCCCCUCCUGUCAUGCUCCCACUUUCAAACGGUCUCGUUGUGUUUCCACUGCCUCUUCCCCAUCGUUUCCGUCAAGCACCUCAUCUCACGCUUAGAACCCCUGCAGUGUAGGAGCAGGCCCUUCAGCCCAUCCAACCCACACCAACCCUCCCUCACCCAGACCUCUGCCUGUAACCCUGCAAUUCCCAUUGGCUAACCCACCUAGCCUACACAUCCCUGGGCACUAUGGGUAAUUUAGCAUGGCCAAUCCACCCUAACCUACACAUCUCUGAGCACUAUGGGUAAUUUAGCAUAGCCAAUCCACCCUCACCUACGCAUCUUUGGAUUGUGGGAGGAAACCGGAGCACCCGGAGAAAACCCUCGCAGACGCAGGCUGGAAAUGUGCAAACUCCAUACGGACAGUCGCCCCUGAGGCUGGAAUUGAACCCGGGUCCCUUGGCGCUGUGACCACUGAGCAACUCCUUAUAAUCCGCCUGCGUUAAGUUCCUUUUGUCACCUGGAGGAAUGUUACAGGGGGGAGCGGGGUUUAAGUCUUCUCUGAGCUGAGAGAGGACACAGGAGAUGCUCCUCAUCAUGCUUUCAUGUGUCACGUUGCAUACUUCUUAGAUUUUACAUGUAAAUGUCUAGUUGGGGUUAGAAUUCUUGUAAAUAUAGACAAACGGAAACACUUGUUGACACAUUUCACCAAACCCCAAGUCGGCAAUUGACAUGCCCGCCCCUGAAAAGAGACCCUUUCGUGGGGUCAGAGUUGACGUUGAGAAUAGCGAAAUGAACACUGUCCCCGUCGUGUUUGUAUUUUUGCUGUCAGAAGGGCAGUUUGCAGUCAGCAGGAACUGUGGGACUAGAGGCUGCGGGCCAGGUCUGCGCUCGGGAGCGUAAAUCCCAACGGGAACCAGAGGCGUUGCUAACGUUUAAGCCAGCUGAGCUUAGCAAGAAAAGGCUGCGACCCUGUGCUUGAACUGAUCAGCCGAAACUUUGGGCGGAGCCAAGGAGAUCUGAAGGCGAAGCUAACGGGAGGGUCUCCUUUCUCAAAAAAACCAGAAAACAUGAGGGAUACCAGGAAGAAUUCCGCUGAAUUCCAGAGAGCUGUGGCAUGCCGUUGAUUUGGUACAAUGAGCUUUUAAUGUGAACUCUCAUGAGGGAGUGCAAAUGAACUCGAGUUGAAAUGUAGCUCCGUAAAGUGUUGUGUAACAGUCAUAGCGUUGACCGUUGUUGAACGUUUUGAUGCGGUCCAAUUUUUCUUCUGUUUUUUAAAGAUGAGAUGAUGUUUUGUGGUUUUUGGAUGGGUUGGGUACAGAGUGGGAGGUAGGGUGGGCUGGGAUCUUCCAUGUUGAUGGGAUUUGACAGUGAAUUUUGCUUCGUCAAUUAUUCAGACUGUGUGCCUGGAGAGAGGGAGGGUCUGACCCUUGGGAAGGGUGCUGGCGGGGUGUGGGCGGGAGGUGAACCUUUGCAAUGUCCAAUCAGAAGGCUAAGUGUUAAGAUAACAAGAGCCGAUAUUUAGCAGUCGAUAAGUGCAACAUGUAAGCAGUUUGUUCAUAUGCAGCUCAAAGGCUGUCCCCAAAGUUAAACUUAGUAUGGCGCCUACCCACUCAAUCCAGUUACCACCCCAUUUCAGGGUGGAUAUGUGAACUAUCACUAAUUUUGGUUCUUCUAACGAAUAAAACAUUUAAACCUAGCUGUUCAGGAAAGCAAACAAGUUUAAAACUACAGCCAUGCUGCAGUUAAACUCAAUAGACUUUGUCAGAGCAAAAUAUGUUCCCUGAAAGUAGUUGAAAGUUAAUAUAGUUGUAUUGCACUGUAAAUGAAAUGCCUAACUUUUGAAUUAGCUCUCCCGAAAUGGCAUGUAAUGUCCUGGUCAGUCAAAAGGUGCAAAUCUGACACCUGACCGAGACAGAGUUUAGAUUAGAUUUGAUUCCCUCCAGGCCCUUCUGCCCACACCAACCCUCCGUAGAGUAACCCACCCAGUCCCAAAUCCCUCUGACUAAUGCACCUAACACUAUGGGCAAUGCAAAGUUUGGGAGAAGAUUUGUAGCUCGGGUGCUCGUUGUUGUGGUUCUGUUCGCCGAGCUGUGAGUUUGUGUUGCAGACGCUUCGUCCCCUGUCUAGGUGACAUCCUCAGUGCUUGGGAGCCUCCUGUGAAGCGCUUCUGUGAUCUUUCCUCCGGCAUUUAUAGUGGUUUGUCUCUGCCCGCUUCCGGUUGUCAGUUCCAGCUGUCCGCUGCAGUGGUCGGUAUAUUGGGUCCAGGUCGAUGUGCUUAGUGAUUGAAUCUGUGGAUGAGUGCCAUGCCUCUAGGAAUUCCCUGGCUGUUCUCUGUUUGGCUUGUCCUAUAAUAGUAGUGUUGUCCCAGUCGAAUUCAUGUUGCUUGUCAUCUGCGUGUAUGGCUAUUAAGGAUAGCUGGUUGUGUCGUUUCGUGGCUAGUUGGUGUUCAUGGAUACGAUCGUUAGCUGUCUUCCUGUUUGUCCUAUGUCAUGUUUUGUGCUGUCCUUGCAUGGGAAUUUGUACACUACUAUGGGCAAUUUAACAUGGCCAAUUCACGCUAACCUGCACAUUUUUGGACUGUGGGAGGAAACCGGAGCACCCGGAGGAAACCCACGCAGACACGGGGAGAAUGUGCAAACUCCACACAGUCAGUCGCCCGAGGCUGGAAUUGAACCUGGGUCCCUAGUGCACCGUGCCGCCCCACUGAGCUGUUUAGUUUAGAUAAAUGUGAGGUGCUCCAUUUCGAAAGGCAAAUCAGAGCAGGGCUUAAACACCUUAAUGGUAAGGUCCUACUGAACAAAGAGACCUUGGAGUGCAGGUUCAUAGCUCCUUAGAAGUGGAAUCACAGUUGUAUUGGAUAGAGAAGAAGGCGUUUGGUAUGCUUCUCUUAGUAGCCAUGACGUGGAGGCGCCAGUGUUAGACUGGGGUGGACGAAAUUCAAAAUCUCACAUCACCAGGUUAUAGUCCACCAGGUUUAAUUGGAAGCACUAGCUUUCAGAGCGCUGCUCGUUCAUUGGAUAGCUAGUGUUACCUGAUGAAGGAGCGUUGCUCCAAAACCCUGUGUGAUUUGUAACUCUUUCCUUUAUUGGUUAGUGCAUUGAGUAUAGGCAUUGGGAGGUUAUAUUGUGGCUGUACAGGACAUUGGUUUGGCCACUUUAGGAAUAUUGCGUGCAAUUCUGGCCUCCCACCUGUAGGAAUGAAGUUGUGAAACUUGAAAGGGUUCAGAAAAGAUUUACAAGGAUGUUGUCAGGGGUUGGAGCGUUUGAGCUACAGGAAGAGGCUGAACAGGGUGGAGCUGUUUUCCCUGGAGCGUCGGAGGCUGAGGGGUGACCUGAUAGAGGCUUACAACAUUGAGGUGCAUGGAUAGGAUAAAUAGGCAAUGUCUUUUCCCUGGGGUCGGGGAGUCCAGAACUAGAGAGCAUAUGUUUAGGGUGAGAGGGGAAAGAUAUAAAAGGGACCUAAGGGGCAACUUUUUCACGCAGAGGGUGGUACGUGUAUGGAAUGAGCUGCCAGAGGAUGUGGUGAAGGCUGGUCCAAUUGCAACAUUUAAGAGGCGUUUGGAUGGGUAUAUGAAUAGGAAGGGUUUGGAGGGAUAUGGGCCGGGUGCUGGCAGGUGGGACUAGAUUGGGUCGGGAUAUCUGGUCGGUAUGGACGGGUUGGACCGAAGGGUCUGUUUCCAUGCUGUACAUCCUGGUUUUGAUUUCCCUUUUGGCUGGUACUGAAAUCCACUCCGGACAGAAUUCAGAGAUGUUUUGAUUUUUUUUUGAGUAAAUUGUUACGGAGCUAGGAUAGCCUGAAAAGGUACAGACUCCUGUUUUGCAAAACGCACUAUUUAAGCAUCAAUAAAUGUUGCGUCAUCACAAAGACCUCAGGAAGAUCUUCUGGUUUCAGUUUAUCUGUGUGUGUUUGCUGGGGAAAAGGUUUUUGGUCACAAUUUACAGUGUUCGCAGCUGGCAGAGAGAAAUCAGCGGACAUAUAACUGGUGCGCAGAGUACAACGGCAAUAUCGUCGUUGACCGUGCGGAAAUCCAGUGUCAAGGUGGAAAAGCGCAGCAGGUCAGACAGCAUCCAAGGAGCCAGAGGAUCGACGGUUUGGGCAGAAGCCCUUCAACAGGAACGCCAGUGUCAGUUUAAAUCGUUUUAAAGGAGUCGAACGUUUGCCUGCUUUGAAACGAGCGGAAGAGUCGACAGGAGUUGUUGCAUGUCAUCUUGCAAAAGAAAAUAACCAACAGGUUAGCUUGAACUCAUUGGAACGUGCAUCCAUAGUGAAGAGCUGGAAAAUGGAGAUUUUACCUCUUUGAGAGAGGUUGGAGCUGAAGCGACUUCUGUUUAACAACUUAUGACCCUAUAAAACUGAACAACUUUAAGCUUAGACAUGUCUUUAUCAGAGAAACUUUAAGUAUAGUCAGAAUUAAACCAGAACGCAUAACGUACGUAUUUAAAAAUGAUGUUAAGUUAGUGUUUAUUUUGUUUAAUGUUUUAUAAACACUGUUGACUGCUGUGAUAGGAAUGUACUGUUUCUUUCUAAGCCACCCUCACCUGGAUCUCAACAUGAAUUCCAACUGUUUCACCCAGUUCUGAAUUAUAG